AUGGACGAUGGACUUGUCCUAAACAUUGCAGAAGAUGCAUCUGCAGAACCAAUAAAGCUAGCAUCAAAAAAAUCUGGUCGCUGGACGGACAGGUUGAAGGCUAAACGAGUCCAGAAACGAAGGACUAACCAACCUGACCAUCAUCCUGGCAGCGACGACGACGACCAUUCCCGUCCCGCAAAACGGAUGCGACCUGACAUCCCCGUGCCCGCUCCCAAAACUUCUGCAACGGACCGUCCGGCACUUCCAGCUAAGCCUCCGACUCAGAUAAUCUCCUCUCUAUUCUCGUACAACCCUAAAGUUGAAGCCCCUACACCCUCUGCUGUCCAAAAAGUACCCUCUAAACCGAGCAAUGCGCCAUUGACUGGGUCAGCCACCUUCGCAGACCUAGGUCUUCACCCACUCCUUGUCGCUCACCUACAGUCUAAGAUGAGUAUCACGAAACCAACAGCUAUUCAACGUGCUGCCCUUCCUAUGUUCACGAAACCUUCCUCCGAGGACAUGGAUGCGCGCGACGUAUUUAUACAAUCGCAAACUGGGUCCGGAAAGACCAUGUCGUUCCUCCUACCUAUAAUCCAGGAUCUUCUACCCCUCAGCACUCACUCGUACAUUGACCGCUCGAUAGGAACCCUUGCUAUCAUUAUCGCACCCACUCGUGAAUUGGCAAAACAAAUUUCUGAUGUCUUAGAGGCGCUAUUAACGCUUAAGCUACGCCCAGACGGUGAACAGGAGCAUGCGGAGGGUUCUACACGUUAUACCCGGUGGUUAGUCUCCGGCUUGCUAAGUGGAGGCGCAACCCGUGCGCACGAGAAGGCGCGUCUACGGAAAGGCGUACCCAUCCUUGUCUCGACUCCAGGUCGCCUGCUAGAUCAUCUGCAAAACACGUCUUCGUUCAACGUUGGGAAAUGCAGAUGGCUGGUUCUCGAUGAAGCGGACCGCUUGAUGGAGCUCGGUUUUGAAGACACUAUCAAAGGGAUCGUUCAGGCUGUUCAAGACGGUAAGACAUUCGAGGUUGGGGGUUGGGAUUGGGACCGGCAGAGACGGACGAUACUUUGUUCAGCUACUAUUCGUGAAGAUGUGCAGAAACUGGCAGGCACCACUCUAAGACGACCGCUUAUAAUAAAGGGCCUCGACGAAGCAAAGGCGGAGGACUCGCCCGCAUCAAAACACGACAACGAGCCAGCUACAAUCAGUACCGAGAAGUUCACACCACCGUCGCAACUCUGUCAGAAAUAUGUCGUCGUUCCUCUCAAGAUGCGUCUUGUCGCGCUUGUCGCACUUCUCCGCUCCUUGCUCGCUCAGACACAAGGUCAAAAAGGGUCAAAAAUCAUCGUAUUCCUCAGCUGCACGGACUCCGUCGACUUUCACUGGCGCCUGCUAGGCGAUUCGUCAAUGAAUGAUGGAAAGGCUGAUGCUGAAUCUGACGAGGACGAUACUAGCGACGGGGAAGACAAAAAGGUAGAUGCUUCUAUUACUGCACAGUCCCCGCUCCUUCCAGGUACCUCGAUCUUUCGUCUUCACGGUUCCCUUCCCACACCAAUCCGUCUCGCCUCUCUACGCGGAUUCUCGGCCAUCCCUUCCUCAAAGUCGAAAACAUCUGCACCCGUGUCGUCCAUCCUCCUUUGCACGUCCGUGGCAUCCCGUGGUCUCGACCUACCCCUCGUUCGCGCAGUCGUACAGUACGAUCUGCCAACUGAAGGUGGUGCGACCGAGUACGUGCACAGAGUGGGACGGACAGCGCGUGCAGGAAAGGGUGGUGAGGCUUGGAGCGUCGUCGCGCCAAGUGAGUCUGAAUGGGUGAAAUGGGUGGAGGGGAAGAUGAGAGGCGAUACAACGGGAGAACAGUCGGACAGCGACAAAGUCGACAUCACGCUUGAAGGGACAAGCAUCGAAAACGUGUUGGCGAAAGGCUUUGGCGGAGGAGGCUCCGAGUACGAGGCGCGCGCGACAGAAGUACAGCUUUCCUUUGAGCGAUGGGUUUUGCGGCGCAAAGAGAACGCUGAACUUGCUCGGAGAGCAUUUACUUCGCACAUGAGGGCAUAUGCAACCCAUCCCUCAAACGAGAAGCACAUCUUCCACGUCCGUCACCUCCACAUCGGCCAUCUCGCAAAAGCAUUUGCCUUGCGUGAAGCUCCGAAGACGAUCACUGACGGGAAGAAUAAAGUAACCGGUGCAUCCAAAGGCCGCGGUUCUCGUCCCGCUAAAGCCACAGAGCAACACGACGUCGGCGACGCAGAGAAACGGAUGCAAAAUAUUGUCCGUGCGCAGGGUCGGCUGUCGAAGAAGGGCGGCAAGAUGGUCAGUAGUGGGAUCGACGAAUUUCAGGUCACAUCAGGGGUUGCGUUGGACUCACUCGUCCAUGGUUAUCGAUCGUAG